AUGGACUAUUCUGAUAGAGUCAACUCUAAAAAGGGUGCAGGAGGAAUUGCGAGCAAAGAGGAUGCCAACAUCAGCACCAAGAGAAGGGUAAAGGAACUUUUAGCCACCCACGUCUUGGACUUGGAUAAUGACCCUUAUGUGUUUCGAAACCAUGUGGGUUUAUUGGAAUGCAAGCUUUGUCUCACGACACACAACAAUGAAGCCUCAUACAUAUCCCAUUUAGGAGGUAGAAAGCAUCAUUUGAACUUGGAGAGGAGACGAAUAUUAGACGAGAGGCAACGCAAGCAGCAGCAGCACGAACAGAAAAUUGGCGAACAGCUAUCCAUAAGUAGAGUCGAGAAGCGAAGUUGGAAAAAGAUUGGUCAGCCUGAAUUUAAAGUGGUUAAAAUACAGCAUCCAGAGACUUUGAAGCUAGGUUUUCUAGUAUCUGCCAAGUUUCCCAAUAUAGUAGCUACAAAUGAACCGUUGCAUCGAUUUAUGUCAUACUUUGAGCUUAGUUCGCGAAACCAGAACCUGAUUGCAAAGUACGUUGCUUCAAAGAUUCCACCAAGUGAAGAUUUAAACGAAAAGGAAGAACAUGAAAACCAAGUUUUAGUCAUCUCAGCCGAACCCUAUGAAAACAUAGCCAUAGUGCUACCGAAUGACCUCGAAAUCGAUAAGCCUCAGGAUGAAGGAACAAUGAGUGAUACCUUUUGGUGGUUUUGGGACAAUGAUACCAAAGAAUAUAUAUUGCAGUUGUUUUUCAAGUAA